UGAAGCAGCCCAAGACCUUCGCGUUCGACCACUGUUUUGACUCCCUGAGUAGCGAUAGUCCAGGGUUCGCUACCCAGGAGACGGUGUUCACUGCCGUGGGUCAGGACAUACUCAAUAAUGCCUUCACCGGGUAUAACGCCUGCAUCUUUGCUUACGGCCAGACUGGAUCUGGCAAGUCAUACACCAUGAUGGGAGCGGCGGACAGCAAGGGCCUCAUCCCCCGCCUCUGUGACACACUGUUUGAGAGAAUUGCCGCCAACGCAAGCUGCCAGAACUCACACAAGGUUGAGGUGUCCUUUAUGGAGAUCUACAAUGAAAAGGUACAUGACUUGUUAGAUCCCAAAGGCUCAAGACAGACCCUGAAGGUGCGAGAACACAACAUUUUGGGUCCUUACGUGGAUGGUCUCUCACUCCUGGCCGUGUCCGCAUAUGAAGAAAUAGAACAGUUAAUUGAAGAAGGAAACAAAGCGAGGACAGUAGCGGCUACCAACAUGAACAGCGAGUCUUCACGAUCUCACGCGGUGUUUACGGUCGUCCUCACUCAGACGGUAACAGACAUUGCCUCUGGGGUGUCUGGAGAAAAGGUGUCCAAGAUGUCCCUGGUAGAUCUAGCUGGGUCAGAAAGAGCCGUUAAAACAGGAGCAGUGGGAGAGAGAUUAAAGGAGGGUUCCAAUAUUAAUAAGUCACUGACAACCUUGGGCUUAGUAAUAUCCAAGUUGGCAGACCAAGCGGUGGGGAAAGGAAGAGGCAAAGGGGAUAACUUUGUGCCGUACAGAGACUCGGUCCUCACCUGGCUCCUCAAGGACAACCUUGGAGGAAAUAGUCGCACAGUCAUGGUGGCCACAGUGUCUCCUUCAGCUGAUAACUUUGAGGAGACGUUGUCCACACUGCGGUAUGCUGACCGAGCGAAAAGAAUCGUCAAUCACGCUGUCGUCAAUGAAGAUCCCAAUGCUAAAAUUAUUCGAGAAUUGCGUGAAGAAGUUGAGACUUUACGGAUACAGCUCCAUUCACUAAAACAAAUGACGAGAGAUGGCCCAGCAUCCCUUCAAGAGGAGGAGAGCCUCAAUGAGAAGCUACAUGAAAGUGAAAAGCUCAUCACAAAUCUGUCAGAAACUUGGGAGAAUAAACUUAAGAAAACUGAACGUGUCCAGCAGGAGAGACAACAGACCCUGGAGAAGAUGGGGAUCAGCGUACAAGCGUCGGGCAUUAGUGUGGAGAAAAAUAAAUAUUAUCUUGUGAACCUAAAUGCUGAUCCGUCUCUGAAUGAGAUGCUCGUUUAUUACUUAAAGGAACGCACACUUGUAGGGCGACCAGAUGCUGGCAGUGAACCAAACGAUAUUCAGCUCUCAGGUGUGGGGAUUGAAACUCAUCACAGUGUACUCUUGAUACAGGACACUGACCUCUUCAUUGAACCUUACCCAAAUGCUCGAACGUGUGUUAAUGGCUCUCAGGUGACGGAGAAACUGCAGUUGCGGCACGGUGACAGAAUACUCUGGGGCUUCAACUAUUUCUAUCGUGUAAACUGUCCCAAAACCAGCACUAGUGGUAAUAACUCGGAGCCUCAGACGCCAGCUCAACCCAUCGAUUACAACUUUGCUCGGGAAGAACUAAUGUUAAAGGAACUGAGUAAUGACCCCAUCCAGGCAGCCAUACAGAACCUAGAGCGGCAGCAUGAAGAAGAUAAGCAGAUGGCUUUGGAAAAACAGCGUCAAGAAUACGAGAAGCAGUUCCAGCAGUUACGAAAUAUUUUAUCUCCCACUACACCUUAUGCCCCUUAUAUGCCGUUUGAUCCAUUAAGAGGUACAAAAAUGACUCCUUCUACUCCCACGUCCCAACUACGAAUAGAAAAAUGGGCGCAAGAGAGAGAGGACAUGCUCGAGCACAGUUCUCUUUUAUACCCUGGCAGAGAGGACAUGUUCCGACGCAGUUUGGCGCAGCUAAGGCAAGACAUUAUGAAGGCGAACACCCUCGUGCGCGAGGCAAACAUUUUUGCUGACGAAAUGGGCAAACAGACAACCUUUGGGGUGACCUUGCAGAUUCCUCCUCAGAACCUGUCCCCUAACAGGAAGAGGUCUGCAUUUGUGAGUGAACCAGCAAUUCUAGUCAAGAGGAAAGGAAAACUAAACCAGGUUUGGUCGAUGGAAAAGUUAGAACACAAGUUGAUCGUCAUGCGGGAGAUGUAUGACGAGCAGCAUAAUAACCCACUAAUUACCCGUCCAGAGGCUGAUCCAUUUUACGAGAAUCAGGAAAAUCACAACCUUAUUGGAGUAGCCAACAUUUUCCUCGACUGUCUUUUUCACGAUGUACGGCUCAACUACCAUGUCCCCAUUAUUUCUCAACAGGGAGAAGUGGCCGGCAGAUUGCAGGUUGAAAUUAUUCGUAUAGCUGGUCAGUUUCCACAAGAGAGAUUUGCAGACACACUUUCUGAAUCUUCUGGUGAUUCUGCUCAGAGUAGGGAGGAAGAUGAUGUCCAGAAUAGCACAGUGUCUGUUAGAGUUUGUAUUAAGCAGGCUGCUGGGCUCCCUCCAUCUCUCUCCCACUUUGUCUUCUGUCAGUACCAGUUCUGGGGUCAGACAGAGGGUGAAGUUGUAGCUCCAGUUGUUAAUAAUGAAUUUCCAGCAGCUCCAACAUCCAAAGAUUCCAUGACAUUUAAGUUUGAGCACUUGAAAGACUACACCGUGUUAGUAACUGAAGACUUCUUAGAACACUGUGCAGACGGUGCGCUCUCCAUUGAGGUGUGGGGCCACAGAUCUGCGGGUUUUGGUGUUGCUCGGAUGGGCUGGGAAGUUGACCAGCAGUUAGCCAAAGCAAGAUCCCUUGUUGAUAGAUGGAAUGAGCUGACUCGUAAGGUUGAACUGUGGGUGGAGAUACAGGAACUGGGAGAGUGUGGGGAAUAUGUGUCCGUGGAAGUGUCUCCUCAAAAAGACGUCUUAACGGGCGGUGUGUAUCAGCUGCGCCAAGGUCAACAACGACGUAUUGUAUGUAGAGUUAAGCCCGUGUCAAACUCUGGCACUCUUCCACUUAUUUGUGAGGCCAUUACCAACAUCAGCAUCGGGUCAGUGUGUGGCCGGUUGAGGUGCCAGAGACAACUGGACUCGUACACAGAGGAAGACCUUAGUGUUCUCCGGGAGAGAUGGAGUGAGGCUCUCAAGCGGAGAAGAAUGUACCUUGAUCAACAGAUCCAAAAAAUCAUCAAUAAAGGUGACAAAAAUGAACGUGAUACAGAACGAGAGCAAUCAUUGGUCGACCAAUGGGUGACCUUAACAGAAGAAAGGAAUGCCGUCCUGGUCCCAGCUGCUGGGUCCAACAUCCCUGGAGCUCCAGCUGAUUGGGAUCCACUGCCAGGAAUGGAAGCUCAUGUUCCAGUCCUGUUCUUGGACCUCAAUGCUGAUGACUUCUCAACACAAGGGUGUGGUGAUAACCUGACCUUAGCUGGUAACAAUGCCAUAAUCCCCAAGGAAAACUGCAAUAAAUUCUUCCAGCUUCCUAUUGUCAAGUGUUUUGAAAAAGACGUUUGUGCGGUGGCCUCCUGGGACUCUUCCAUCCACGACAACAUGUACCUCAACAGACUCACUCCAAAUGAUGAGAGAGUCUACCUGAUCGUGAAAAGUGUGUUGAGACUCUCCCACCCAGCACCCAUGGAUCUGGUAUUAAGGAAGCGACUUGCUGUUAAUAUUUAUAAGAAGCAAUCCUUAACCAGCAAGCUUGUCAAGUCUUUUAUUGGCUCGGCUAAUACCCUCUAUGAAACAGGAAUCAUGUAUGAAGUUGUAUCAAACAUUCCAAAGGCAAGUGAAGAAUUAGAGGAAAGAGAGUCUCUCGCUCAGAUGGCUGCUAAUGCCGAUGAUUCUCACGCUGAAGAUGGAGAGACAUAUAUCGAAAAAUAUACAAAGGGCGUGACAUCACUGGAGUCCAUCUUAAUGUUGGACAGGUUACGGCAGAAUGUUGCCGUCAAGGAGUUGCUCCAGUCUGCUGGCCGUCCGCUCAUGAGGAAGACUGCAUCCGUCCCAAACUUUUCCUACGAAGUUGGUUGUGAUAGAGAGACAGGAUUAUCUAAGCCUGCGCCGGCACUCCGUGGAUCGCAGGAUGAGGGAGGUUUAAUCUUGCAGCUCCAGAAACGAUUGAGGACUAACCUAGAGCUGUUUGGGAGCAUGGAAGGUGGGCUCGACGGUGUCACACGGUCCGGAAGUGUGAUGGAUCUCAACGCUCAACUCUCCUCCACGCCCACGCAGAACAACCACCACUCGGAGAAAUCCAAACACCGCUAUUCUCUUCCAGGUCCCAGUGAAAGACCCUUUGGCCUGUGGCUCAAACAUGCUCGACCUACGUUCCUCAAUUUGAACCUGAAUCUCAACUCUCUCAGACUUCAGGGAUCAACUCCUGCCAAGUCCUCUCCAAGUCCCGGACCAAUGAAAAUGACGCCAAGAAUGACUACACUGCACGAAGAGAAUACACGAGAGGCGGCUCCUCUCUUACACAUGGAGGUUGAAGAGGAGGAGGAUGAGGAAGAACAAGAGGAAGGAGAAAAUGGCAGUGUAAAAGAAGCCCCUGGCAGUACCAAUGGGGAGGAGGAGUUUAGUGAAUUUGCCUCAUAUAGGAGUGGUAGCCUGGCAGGUGGCCGACUGCAACUUACUCAGAGUCGAACAUUAGAUUCCCUAAAUGAAGUUGCAGCAACUAAAGCUGGAACUCCAUCUACAGUGUCCAGUGGCUAUGGGUCUGGUGCAGUAUCAUCAACAACUUUGAGUGAAGAUUCUCUCUCUGUGCGGAGUGUCAGUGUUGAUGAAACCCCAGAUAAAGACCUUCCAACAAAUCAGGCCACCAUGGAUAUAUCCACAGUCAGUUCUGGUGAGAGUGACUCUAGUGAUACAAGAACAGUAAUCAAUCAACAGCUGGAGAAUCUUCACCACAAUGAAACCACUAAUGUUACUCAUAUCAACUCCAAGCAGACAAAAUCAGAGAGUGAACUUAAAAUAAUUGAAGAUGAGGAAAACAAAGAAAAUUCAAAAACUCGCACAAGAAACUCUAGCAAUAAAAUCUCUAUCAACACAAGUCCAACAACAAUACUAAGUACUACACCCCCAAAAUCAACAAGUCCAAGUUCUCCUGCUCUCUCCUCAUCCUCAUCAACCUCUUCAUUGUCUAUGACUGUUGGCUCAGAAGUUGUGAUGAGACGAGGCAGCUCUCACAAGAGGAACCCUACUCAUCGCAUGUCUUUACCCUUGGCCCAGUCUCACUCAGCAAUGACUGAUUCCCAGAUAAUGAAUGGAUCAUCAUCUUCUGAAUGUGUUGAUGAUGUUGAAAGACCUCCCAUCAGUACCAAGCCUUUAGCACCACUGCCAGACUGGUGUGAGGUUGGAGAAAGCAUCCAGAUCAGACCCUACAACUACUCUGGAGUCGUUGCUUACAUAGGUCACACUGAAUUUGCACCAGGAACCUGGAUUGGUGUUGAAUUAGAUGUACCUAUGGGCAAAAAUGAUGGUUCUGUGAAUGGUACUCGAUACUUCGCAUGUCGCCCAAAGUGUGGUAUGUUUGUCAAGCCCGAGAAACUACUGUUGGAUCGUCGAGGGCGAGCAAUGAGAGCUGCAAAAAGUAAUGGCACAGGAGAAGGUGGUCCGAGUGAUAUGAAACGUUCACGGUCUACAGCAGAAAGGCUCAGUGACGUUGGUAUUCGGAAAAGCACCAGUAAAAGCGAGGGUCUCAACAGUAUGCGACGGUCCAAGAGUCGAGCUGAGGGUCUCUCCUCAAUCUCCGACCGCUCAAAAUCUGCUACUUCUCGUAAUAGGAAGUAAUGUGAAACCGAGUUUUGAGAGUUGUCUCCAGUACUGAGGCUGCCAUACACAGGGUGCAUUGCAGAUGAAUUUGUGUGCCAACUGGAGUAUAGCAAAUGUCAUAUUUGUGUAAGUACACAUUAUUGUUACUGUUGAAAGCUGCUUGUCUGGAAAAUAUGUGAUGAAUUCUGAAACAGAAACUUUUAAUGGAAAAUAAAAAUACAUAUAUAGCCAAGUGCACAACCAUGUAAGCAGCCCCGCCCUAAACUUCCAUCAAGUGUUACCCUGUGAACACGUCCCUGUUAUCCCUCCAUUGUGAGAUCCUCAUGUACGGUAGCAAUAGAUAGAUCGUACUUAACCUGCUUCAGGAUUUAAGCACUUCCUUCAGUAUAGGACCCCAUUUUAAAAUACUGACUUCAAUAAAUGUAUAUUUAUUUUUGUUUUUCAUAUGAUUCAAUUAAUUUCAUACUUUUUAUUUAUUAUUAUUAUUAUUUUUUAUAACAAGAGGUCAAGUCCAAGAUUUUCUUUUACCAUUUUUUAAAUGCUUUUAGAAAUCUGAUUUUUCCAUUGUCCAGAAUGUAUAGACUUGAUACCAUUUCAUACUUCAUAGAAUUAUAUUUAUGGCCAAUCAAUGUACAGUGUAAUAAUACAAGUAUUGAAGCAAAGCAUAAAUGUUUUUACUGGUGGCACGAAUUGUGAAUUAUAGCAUUGGCUUUCUGUGUUUAAUAAACUUGGAACAUAGAAAUAGAUGCUUUGGUGAACAAGCAGAGGACUUGAUCUUAAAGAAAAAAAAAAAAAAAAAAAGCAACAUGUUCAUUUUCAGAUCAUAACAGUACAUAUAUCAUUUCAUUCCACCAUUGGAGGAAAAAAAAAAGGUUGUUUGAUCAAGUGCUUCAAGUAUUUUCAACUGAUGCAUGUGUUUCCAAUGACGAUUGGUGAAGUCUUCACAGUUCAACUGUAUAUAAAUGAUUGUAACUAUUUUGAGUCAUUUUGUUGCCAUACUCUUUAGUUGUACAGUUAUUUUUAUGUCAGUCCAAUUGUGAUCAUCUUAUUUAUGCUAAAUAUUAAUAUACUUUCUGUAAAUUAUGGGAAUAUUGUACAUGAGUUAAUAGUUUAAAUACCGGAAUGUAUGACAGUUGCUCCUUUCUUUUGUAUUAUAUGCUGUUACAGCCCAAUGUUUCCUCCUACAAUUGUCACAUUAGAUUAGUGAAAAUGUAUACAGUACAUCAAACUGUCAAUUUGACAAAUUUUCUCUGUUGAAAAAUUAGGUGACAUUUUUGUUAACCUCCAUUUUGUAAAGUAUGGUUAAACCAUGAUUAAAAGCUGCAAACCUGCUGAUCUUGCUGAAGUAAUAAUAAUAGAUGAACCAGGAGCCAAGGUUCAGUUUGUCUUUACAGUUUGGUUGACAUUACCAAUGAAAUUAUAAAAUAAUACAACAAUGCAAAUUUUUAUGAGAUAACAUUAUGCUGAUCCAGUCUACAGUAUUGUACUGUACUCAUUAAAGUGGUAUAAAUCUUUUGUAAAAGAAAUUUGCCAAGCAAAAUAAAAAAAUUAUAUGGCAUCCAGAGUAGCAUUGUGAUGUACCUGUACAACGGUAUCUCCUUCUUAACAGCUCGAUUGAAGAAAUUACUUCAUGUUUUUACUUUGUUUAAUUUUACUCUGUAAAGAAUAUUUUAUUCUUUUGAAAAUUUUUCGUUCCCAUUGAGUCAACUACUUUGUACAAUAUACGUUAUAUAGCUUUCUACUGCAACAAAAGAAUAUUUUCAUGUAAAGAGACAGAAAUCUUUAAAUGGAAAGAUAUCCAACAACGUCAUACAAGCCCAAAAGUUUUACAGAAAUGCUAGUCUUUUGGUCAAGAAACCCUCCAUAAUGGUGAAACAGUUGACAGUCAUCAAAUGUGGCCUCUUCUGUACUCUUACCAUGGUUGACUUCAGCCGUACGAUAUUUCAACAUUUUCCUUUUUUUUUUUUUAUCAGUAUUUGGAUAAGAGCCCAUGUACAGAAUAUUAAACAUCAAUUAACUUUUCCUAGCAACCAGUUAUAUGUAGUAGUGAGCCAAGUCAUUAUAACUGGUAGGAUGUACACUAUAUAAGUUAUUGUUAUCCCUAGUGCUCCCGAAGUAGACUGUGUUAGCAUCGUACAUUUAAACUUGCUCACACUUUAGUUCAUGUAAAGCUCAAGUGUCAUGUCUUGAGUAAUAUUAAUUUACAAAAGUGCUUUUUCAGCCAUGUUUCAGAGGUCUGCAGUGUUCUGCUACUGUAACUUGCUUAACUACAUAUUGUAUGGUAAAGCCAGUGUCAAUUUCUAUCUUAUUUAAUUUCAAAAUGCAACAAACUGACUUUUGGUAGUAGGCAAACUGUUCUCUACUGUAGAAUACAAUAAAUAUUUCUAUAAUUUAUUUGUACAUGUAUGAAUUUAGCUGUAGUAGAUAACUUAUAAGUAUGGAUGAUAAUUCCAUUUAAAAGUAUAUGUUACUGUGAUAAAAGUACCCAAGUAUCAGGAGAGGAAUUUGUGCAAACAAACAAAAAAAAAACUAAACAUUCCCCAUAUGGCACGACACUAAAAAUGUAGUUGUGGGUUUGUUGACCGACUGAAUGGCAAAUAUUAUGACUGGUGUCCCCACAGUAAAGAUGACUUUAUUAUGAUGGUCUGUAUUUCUGAGGAAAGGCUCCCCAUCAAGAAUAGUGUACGGUAGGUUUCUUUCAAUGUAUGCUAUUAAUUUUUUUUAUUUAGAGUGGAAAGAAGUCAAUAUAUUUUUUUGUGUCAAAAUAAGCUUUUGAUUCUCAUUAAGAUAAUGUUGACUGAAGAUGACUUUUAUGUGGAGUCUCAAAAUGAGUUGCGCUUUCAUAAUAAUUGUAUGUCAGACUUGGAUCCAUAUUAAUGCCAACAUAUAGGAUCCCAUAGGAAAUCUUUUGUCAGAUAUGGAUCUGUAAUAAAUGCUGAAUCCCCUGUAAACAAGGAGUCUUCAUAAACAUUCCUAAAGGGAAUAUCAUAAUAUAUUGGGCAUUCUGCCCUUGUUAAGUGUAAUAAUAAAUGGUGAAACCCUU